CUCUAUUAGAGGCUAAGGGGCUUUCUCCUCACCUGUUUGGCCCUCUUGGUCCUCGGAUGUCGCAGCUCUUCCACAGGACAAUUGGAAGUGGAGCUAGUUCUAAAGCCCAACAGCUUUUGCAAGGUCUCCAAGCCACUGAUGAAAGUCAGCAACUACAGGCAGUGAUUGAGAUGUGUCAGCUGUUGGUCAUGGGAAAUGAGGAAACAUUGGGAGGAUUUCCAGUCAAGAGUGUUGUACCAGCUUUGAUAACACUGCUGCAGAUGGAGCACAACUUUGAUAUUAUGAACCAUGCAUGUCGAGCCUUAACAUAUAUGAUGGAAGCACUUCCCAGAUCAUCUGCUGUAGUGGUAGAUGCAAUUCCUGUCUUCUUGGAAAAGCUGCAAGUUAUUCAGUGCAUUGAUGUGGCAGAGCAGGCACUUACAGCCCUGGAAAUGUUAUCACGCAGGCAUAGUAAAGCCAUUCUGCAAGCAGGUGGGUUGGCAGACUGUUUGCUCUAUCUGGAAUUCUUCAGUAUAAAUGCACAGAGAAAUGCACUAGCUAUUGCUGCCAACUGCUGCCAGAGUAUAACACCUGAUGAGUUUCACUUUGUCGCAGACUCUUUGCCACUGCUUACACAAAGGUUAACCCAUCAGGACAAAAAGUCUGUUGAAAGCACUUGCCUCUGUUUUGCACGGCUAGUGGAUAACUUCCAGCAUGAGGAGAACUUACUUCAGCAGGUUGCUUCCAAGGACUUGUUAACAAAUACCCAGCAGCUCUUGGUAGUCACACCUCCUAUCCUGAGCUCAGGAAUGUUCAUCAUGGUGGUGCGCAUGUUUUCCUUAAUGUGCUCCAAUUGUCCUACACUUGCAGUCCAACUUAUGAAGCAAAAUAUUGCAGAAACACUUCACUUUCUCCUUUGUGGAGCCUCAAAUGGGAGUUGUCAAGAACAAAUUGACCUUGUUCCACGAAGUCCUCAAGAACUUUAUGAGCUUACUUCUCUUAUCUGUGAACUGAUGCCUUGCCUGCCAAAAGAGGGAAUCUUUGCUGUUGAUACUAUGCUGAAGAAAGGAAAUGCACAAAAUACAGAUGGUGCAAUAUGGCAAUGGCGAGAUGACAGGGGUCUUUGGCAUCCCUACAACCGGAUUGAUAGCCGAAUAAUAGAGGCAGCUCAUCAGGUUGGUGAAGAUGAGAUUAGCCUUUCUACACUUGGACGUGUCUAUACUAUUGAUUUUAACUCUAUGCAGCAAAUAAAUGAGGAUACUGGAACAGCACGUGCCAUUCAGCGAAAACCAAACCCUUUAGCCAAUACAAACACUAGUGGACAUUUAGAAUUGAAGAAGGAUGAUGCUCGAGCACAGCUAAUGAAAGAGGACCCAGAACUGGCAAAAUCCUUUAUCAAAACGUUGUUUGGUGUUCUUUAUGAAGUGUAUAGCUCUUCAGCUGGGCCUGCUGUUAGACACAAGUGCCUUAGAGCAAUUCUUAGGAUAAUUUAUUUUGCUGAUGCUGAACUUCUAAAGGAUGUACUGAAAAACCAUGCUGUUUCAAGUCAUAUUGCCUCCAUGCUGUCAAGUCAAGACCUUAAGAUAGUGGUUGGAGCUCUGCAAAUGGCAGAAAUUUUAAUGCAGAAGUUACCUGACAUUUUUAGUGUGUACUUCAGAAGAGAAGGGGUGAUGCACCAAGUGAAAAACUUAGCUGAGUCUGAAGCUUUGCUGACAAGCCCACCAAAAGUAUGUGCUAAUGGAUCAGGAACGCUGGGUACCACUACAAUGAUAAGUACUGGAACAGCCACUGCUGCUAGUAAUGCAGCUGCAGAUUUGGGCUCUCCUAGCUUACAGCACAGCCGGGAGGAUUCUUUGGAUCUGAGCCCACAAGGACGACUGAGUGAUGUUCUAAAGAGAAAGAGACUGCCAAAACGAGGGCCAAGGAGACCAAAAUACUCUCCUCCAAGAGAUGAUGACAAAGUAGACAAUCAAGCCAAAAGUCCUACAACUGCUCAAUCUCCUAAAUCUUCUUUCUUGGCAAGUUUAAAUCCUAAAACAUGGGGAAGAUUAAGCACACAGUCCAACAGUAAUAAUAUUGAACCGGCGCGAUCAGCAGGAGUAAGUGGUCUUGCAAGGGCUGCUUCCAAGGAUACCAUUUCCAAUAACAGAGAAAAAAUAAAGGGCUGGAUAAAGGAGCAAGCCCAUAAGUUUGUAGAAUGUUAUUUUAGUUCUGAAAACAUGGAUGGAAGCAAUCCCGCACUAAACGUAUUACAGAGACUUUGCACUGCAACUGAACAACUCAACCUCCAGGUGGAUGGUGGAACAGAGUGCCUUGUAGAAAUCCGUAGCAUUGUCUCGGAGUCUGAUGUCUCCUCGUUUGAAAUCCAGCAUAGUGGGUUUGUUAAACAACUGCUGCUUUACUUGACAUCUAAAAGUGAGAAAGACGCUGUUAGCAGGGAUAUCAGAUUGAAAAGAUUUCUCCAUGUGUUUUUUUCUUCUCCACUUCCUGGAGAAGAGCCUGUUGGAAGAUUAGAGCCAUUAGAAAAUGCACCUUUGUUGGCAUUAGUCCAUAAAAUGAAUAAUUGCCUCAGUCAGAUGGAACAGUUUCCUGUCAAAGUGCAUGAUUUUCCUAGUGGAAAUGGAACAGGAAGCAGGUAAGGAUUAAUGC